AUGGCUCAAGUAGAUCCUGGAACCUGUCCACCAAGCUCUUCGUCCUAUAACUCAACCUACGUUACCGAGUCAGACUGGUGGAAGAAGAAUCCUACAGCGCUCUGCGGUUUCAAUGCUCAACAACAGUUGUACACUUCCAACCUCACCUCAUGCUGCGUACAAGAUACCGUGCAAUUGUACAGUGGAUGCUUCUAUUACUGCCAACCAAUAAAUGAAGAUUCCUUCGGCAGAUGUGUAAACAACAUCCUCAACGUGACCUCAGGGUUUGGUACGAUUUGCAAUGGUAAAUCCGCUACUGAGGGAGCUGCGAGUGGUAUGCUGCCUAUGAGUGGGAUCGCAGGACUGUGGGUCGUGGGACUUUGUGUUUGGAAUGCGUUCAGAUGA